AUGAGUGUCACAGUCGAAACUCCGUCGUUGAAAUCUGCGCCCAUACUGGAGAAGAAACAGGGUGAGGUUUUUAUAAAUUCAAAAUUAGCUUAACUUUUUCUGGAAUAGCAAAAAACUAUGGAAUUUUCCCUUAUAAAAACACAUUUUCAGAAUUGAUCGACUUGAAAAACAUUGGAGAACAUGCGAAGAACAUCACUCCGUUCAAGACUUCCAAGCAUCAGCCUCUCAUCCAGGUGACACCCUCAAAUACUUGAAGAUCUUAGAAAACCUCCCAGUUUCCAGGGUUCUGUGUCGAAAGAAGCCGCUAUCGCAACACACACCGCUCUCCACCUUAACAUCACACCGGAAAAGGAGAAAAAGUAAACGAGAUACGUGUCAGACAGCUUAUUCAAUGAUAAUCCCAGAAUCCGAGAGAUGUACGACAGGCUGGAUGCAGACAACGACGGCUCGAUUGAUAUUAGAGAUCUCACGCAGGCACUCGCGGCUCAGACUCCGCACAUUCCGACUAAUCUUGCACCGGUACCGAGGAUUCAUAAAGCAAAAGAAGUUCUUUAUGUUUCAGAAACUGUUGGCACGUAUGAAAUCGGGAGAAGGCGACAAGGUCACGAUUGCCGACUUCACCAACUACGUACUAGCACAUGAGGCACGAUUAGCGGAGGUGUUCGACAAGAUCGACUCAAAUCGAGAUGGUAAUGUUGAAUUGGAGACUUUUAGUGACAUUUUCUCAUUUUUAGGUGAGGUUGACGUUUCUGAGAUCAAAAACUACUGCAACGACUUGGGAGUGCCCCUGGACGACCACAAAGCGUUGCGUAUUGUCAGGCAGUGAGUGCUUUCCACGAUCUGAUACAGUUUUUUGUCCUAGUGUGGUAGUAAACAAUCGACGAUUCACAGGGGAAAUUUUGAGCUCGAAUGAGAGUUUCCACUAAAACUGAUUGAGAGACCAUCUUCAGAUUAUCCUAACUUUCAGAAUGGAUCAAACUGGAUCAUCUUCAGUAAAUCUCAACGAGUUUCAAGAUUUUAUGCUCCUGUAUCCAUCGACAGACAUGAAAGAGAUGGCUGAUUUCUGGCGUCACAAUUUGGUAGCGAAUUCGAUUUGGCUCUUCGCAAAACGCUAAGCUUUUUUAGAUGAUUGACAUAGGAGAAGACGGUCAAGUGCCGGAGGACUUCACACCGCAGGAACUGAAAUCCGGAGUUUGGUGGAGGCAUUUGGUGGCCGGGGGUGUGGCUGGAGCCAUGUCGCGAACGUGCACGGCGCCUUUUGACCGCAUCAAAGUGUAUCUACAGGUAUCAAUAAGCGAACCAGUCAAACGAAAUUUUAUGAUUUCCAGGUCCACUCCACAAAAACCAACAAACUCGGAGUUGUGAGCUGCGUUCACUUGCUGCAUGCGGAAGGAGGAAUCAAAUCGUUCUGGAGAGGCAACGGAAUCAAUGUCGUUAAAAUUGCUCCAGAAUCUGCAAUGAAAUUUAUGUGUUACGAUCAAAUCAAGCGUUGGAUCCAAGAAUACAAAGGAGGCGCUGAAUUGACGACGAUUGAGAGACUUCUAGCGGGUUCAUCAGGUACGCUUCUGGCCUGACGAGCUGAGAAUCAUUGAAUCCCAACGUUUUCAGCGGGUGCGAUCUCACAAACUGCCAUUUACCCUAUGGAGGUGAUGAAAACGAGGUUAGCGCUUAGAAGGACGGGUCAACUCGAUAAGGGAAUGUUCCAUUUUGCUCAGAAAAUGUAUACUAAAGAAGGAAUCAAAUGUUUCUACAAAGUGAGCACUUUUCAGAUGAAAAUCUUGUCUCAAACAUGAAGAUUUUCAGGGAUACCUUCCGAACCUGCUCGGAAUUAUUCCAUACGCCGGAAUUGACUUGACAGUGUAUGAGUCGUUGAAAUCCUUAUACACCCAGUACUACACGGAACACGCGGAACCAGGAGUGCUGGCUCUUCUCGCUUGUGGUACCUGCAGUUCGACAUGCGGUCAACUGGCCAGUUAUCCCUUGGCUCUUGUGCGGACACGGUUGCAAGCAAGAGGUUUGUGAUCGGAUUAGUAUCGAAUUUCGACAGAUUUUCGGUUUUUCUCUCAGCCAGAAAAUGACAUUUUCUUAUUUUAAGUCACGAAAAGUUACAAGUCAUUGUUUGCAAUAUUAGUACUAAAGCCAAUUUUCAGCGAUAUCUCCAAGAAAUUCUAAUCAACCGGACACAAUGGUGGGCCAGUUCAAGCACAUUCUCCAGAAUGAAGGAUUCACUGGACUGUACCGAGGGAUAGCGCCAAACUUUAUGAAAGUGAGCAUUUUGGAUAUACAAUUGCCCGAAUCUCGUUUCCACGGCAUAAAAAGCCGCUUCAAGAGGCUUCUCGGACUUAAAACUAAAGGAUCUUGAGUCAAAAUUUCGAACCAAAUAAAUUGGUCUAUAGAUAUUUGAAUGAGAGGCGGAAAACACAGGUUUUCAAGGAAAUUGCCACCUUUUCGGCUUGUAGCCAGUAGAUAUAUAUUUUCGGACAAGUUAAUACGAUCUAUCUAAAACUUGACCUCAACAUAUUUCAAUUCAAGUUCAUGAAGCCUGCAAAAUUUGGGUUCUAUAUUGGAAAUAAGAAAGAGGGCCAAACGUCAGGCCUCAAAACGCCUUCGCAAAGCCCGGGGACGUGACUAAAUCGACCUGGAAUACCACUAAUAAGAUUCUAUUUUUUUCAGGUGAUUCCAGCCGUCAGCAUCUCCUACGUGGUCUAUGAAAAAGUGCGGAAACAGCUUGGCGCCAGCAUGUCAUGA